GAGGCGGGAGGAGCCGCCUUGCGCCGGCAACAUGGCAGCGUCCAGCCGGGCCCAGGUGCUGCGGCUGUACCGCGCACUGCUGCGAGAGAGCCAGCGCUUCAGCGGCUACAACUACAGGUGCUGCUCCUCACGGAGGACAUACGCCAUCAGAAGGAUAAGAGACGCCUUCAGAGAAAACAAGAGUAUAAAGGAUUCUGAAAAAAUAGAAGAACUAGUGAAUAAAGCAAAAGAAAACCUAGAGAUUAUUCAUCGGCAGGUUACUAUCGGCCAGAUGUAUGCCACACAGAAACUGGUCAUUGAGAGUCCCGGAAACACAUAGCUGUGAGAGGGCUCUGACCCUGAAGCAACCCUGGACCAUCUUCAGCAUCUUUCAGCGCCACAUACAGAUGCGUAACAUCACUGCACAUCUGACCUAUUCUGUUCAGCAGAAGAAAUGUCUGAGAGACUCUGUUUUUGGCAACCAAAGUACUAUUUUCUUAUGGUUUGCACAUCCUGAAAUACACUGCUGUGAUUUACAAUAGUAUGUACAGUAGUCCUGAAGUCUGUUUGCUUGUGUGUCCCCUAUGAUUAAAUAGUUCCUGCUUUAUUCAUCAAUAAAACUUUGUUAACCUA